AUGACUCGAGGAAGGCUCAAUGUUGGCAGAGGACUGGACAAUUGUCAUAUAGCCAUGCAAGCUGUGAGCAAGAAGAAAGGAGUGUCAAGUAGUGGCUGCUAUGUGUACGGUCAGAGGGGUCAUAUGGCGAGGAAAUGUAAAUCUAAAAGUGACAGCGGACAAUCCAGUGCUCGAGGCAGUUGGGCGAACAAAGCAAGUGGGCCAGGAGCAAAAAAUCAAGGGUGCUUCAAGUGUGGACAACCUGGACAUUUUGCAAGGAAGAGCCAGCAGGGGAGGACAGUGUUCUUCAGUUGUUGUGCUGCAAAUUCAAUGAAGGGAGACGACCUCAUUGUGGAUACAGGAUGCACUGAUCAUUUGGUGCAAGAGAGGGCUGACUUUUCUAGCUUUGAGAGCUGGAAUUAA